AUGGACCGCGUUCUCGACAGGAGACGCAUCACAGGGCCGGAAGAUAGCAGACCGCCUGUAUUCGAUGACGAAGAUGCGCCUGUAACAUGGAAAGCUGGCGAGCCUCGACUGGGCAGGGGGGCGCAGGAUAUACGGCCCAUAUUCCUUAAAGCCGGAUUGAUCAACCAGGCGAAUGGGUCGUCAUAUAUUGAGACUGGACGCACAAAACUGGCAUGUGCCGUGUAUGGGCCGAGGCAGGCCAAGGGGACGGCAUAUCACGAAAAUGGGAGGCUGAACGUCGAGGUCAAGUUUGCGCCGUUCUCGUGCGCAGUCCGACGGGCACCUUUGAGAGAUGCAGAGGACCGAACAGUGUCCGAACUCAUUCACCAAUCCCUGAUCUCAGCCGUUCGAGUAGAGCUAUUCCCGAAAGCGGUCAUCGACAUCUUCGUCACUAUCAUUGAAUGCGACGGACUUGACAGCGCCAUUGCCGCAGGAACUAUCGCGUGCUCUACCGCCCUUGCCAAUGCAGGUAUCGAGAUGUACGGUCUGGUCGUCUCCUGCGCAGCGAUGUCUGUCAAGGACGAAAUAUGGCUGGACCCUGUAGAAGAAGAAGCAAAGCAAGCGACGGGAGUCGUUGUGCUUGCCUGUAUGCCUGCGUUAACCACUGUCACGAGCGUUCGGCAGGUGGGUAGUAUGCUGCCGAACGUUGCCUUCGAGGCAAUGGAUGUAUGCCAGACGAGGUGUACAGACAUCCAUCAAGUCGUCGCCCAAGCGCUUCUCGCGACACAACCUCCAGAAAGCAGUACAUAA